CAAAGGCAGAUAGACAUUUUCAUAUUCUGGGAUCACCAGAGGGGCCAGCGCUUCUUCAGAAUGGAGUCCUCUAGACUUUUCAGCAUCCUGGUCUUUUCUACUCUUCUAGUGAAUGUCCAGGGACCUGGGCUCACUGACUGGAUCUUUCCCAGGAGAUGCCCCAGAAUCCGAGAGAAAUGUGAAUUCAGAGAAAGGGAUAUCUGUAAGAAGGACAGACAAUGUCUGGACAACAAGAAGUGUUGCAUCUUCAGCUGUGGAAGAAAAUGUUUAGACCUCAACCAAGAUAUAUGCUCUAUGCCCAAAGAACCUGGCCCCUGUAUGGCAUUUUUCCACCGUUGGUGGUACGAUAAGGAGAAGAAUACCUGCUCCAAGUUCAUCUAUGGCGGCUGCCAAGGGAACAACAACAACUUUCAGUCCGAAGCCAUGUGCCAGAACAUGUGCCCCAGCAACCAGAGGUGUCCCCAAAUCAGGGUACCAUGCAAUUACAGAGAAAUCGACCAGUGCGGGAAGAAGAAACCAUGCCCCAAGAAGAUGACGUGUUGCAGUUUUAACUGUGCAAAGAAAUGUUUAGAUCUCAAGGAAGACAUAUGCAGUUUGCCAGUGAGUAUUGGCCUCUGCCUGGCGAGCAUUCCACGCUGGUGGUACAAUAAGGAAAUCAAAACCUGCACCAGUUUCAACUAUGGUGGUUGCACUGGGAACAAUAACAACUUCCAAUCUGAAGCAGCCUGCAGGGCCGUCUGUUCAGAAGCGUUGUUUGCAGAACAAGCAAUCACUGGGUCUUCCAGUGACACCAAAAGAAAGAGAAGAGUAUGGAAAUCCUACAAAUUGGGAAUUCUGAUGAUGCUCUGGCCUGUGUAAAAUUGUCACGGAAUGCUUAGAAUGGAACCAAGCUUGCUCGGGUGAGGGAAAAUGAGACUUGAGCUCCAUUAACUUCAUGGGAGAU